UGCCUCCCACGAAGAAUACCAGACGUGGUAGAUGAUCGUUUUGAUCAAGGACAAAAUCUAAUUGCAUCAAAGUUUUUACUUGGACCGUAGAUAUAUUUUACUGGUUGAGUUUGUAAUCGCUUUCUAGUCUAUAAAUGUCAUCAAUGUACAAUUGACAUUUAUCACUAGACAAAUUUCCUGUUCACUUAACCGUAGUAUUAAUCAAUUCAUUAAUGUCACUAUUUUACGUGCAUAGCAAUACAGUUGGUUGUCCAAACCAGAAAAAAAAAAAAAAAAUACGACAGUAGUGGUUGCCGACUGAUAUACAACUUGACAUAAUUGGGAUCCAUUGGCUCUAUAUAUUGAGAGAGAUCAUUAAUUUGUAAAUGAGAAUGAAGAGAUGACGAAGAAGGUUAUCACAAUACUAAUGGUGCCAUACCCGGCACAAGGCCAUCUCACUCCAUUGCUCCACUUGGCCUCUUCCUUCCUUCGCCUCCAUCAUGAAGAUUACAGCUUCUCCCCUGUUCUUCUCCUCCCUCACUUCCUCCACCGCCAGAUCUCCGCUACAGCCACCAACAACAGCAACGUCGAUCCCCGGGUAUCCCUGGUCCCCAUUCCGCCGCCGGACGAGGAGGAAGAUUCGGAAGCUCCACCACCCGGUGAUUUCUCCUCCAUAGACAAAGCCAUGGAGCAGAGCAACGCGGCGGCGGGGCAGAUGGAGAAGGUGGUCCGUCGUUACAUCAGUACUAAUGUGGCGCGUAGUAACAAUAUUAAUGGAAAUGAUGACGCUGCAGGAGUUGUUGUUUGUAUGGUGGUUGAUUUGCUGGUGUCCUCGGCCAUCGGCGUGGCUCGAAGGUGCGACGUUCCGGUCGCCGGGUUCUGGCCGGCCGCUCUUCUCACUUACCGUUUGAUCGCCGCCAUCCCACGUUUGAUCGCCGCCGGCCUCAUUCAUCCUCAUUCAGGAAUCCCUAAACAUCCAGGAGGAGCUCCCAUCUUCGACCUUCUACCUCACCAACCUUCUCUGUCAACAGACGACCUCCCAUGGCUGAUCGGAAGCCCAGCUGCAAGAAAAGCCCGGUUCAAAUUCUGGACCAAGACCUUAAACCGCUCCACAACCCUCCAAUGCCUGCUAGUCAACUCCUCCCCUGACGAAUUCCAUCACCACCAGCAUCAUCAACAGCCGCAAGUCCUGCAAAUCGGACCUCUGACAGCUCAACAAACCCCAAUCGCCAACAGCAGCAGCAGCAAUCGCAUCACCUUCUGGGACCAAGACUCGUCCUGCCUGCAAUGGCUGGACACCCAGAAGCCCAAUUCCGUCCUCUACAUCUCCUUCGGCAGCUGGGUCGGCCCAAUCGGAGAGCCCAAAGUCCGGUCCCUGGCCACCUCCCUCGACGCGAUCGGGAUCCCGUUCCUCUGGGUGCUGGGUCCAGCGUGGAGGCAGGGGCUGCCACGUGGGUUCGAGCACGACCUGUCGGUGAGCCAGCGUGGCAGAUUGGUGACGUGGGCACCGCAGAUGGAAGUGUUAAAACACGGUGCGGUAGGGUGCUAUCUUACCCACUGCGGAUGGAACUCGACGGUGGAGGCAAUACAGUGCCGGAAAAGGAUGCUGUGCUAUCCGGUCGCCGGCGACCAGUUCGUGAACUGUAGGUAUAUCGUGGAGAAAUGGCGGGUUGGGGUGGAGCUGAGUGGGUUUGGGAGGCAGGAAUUGGAGGAAGGGUUGGAGAAGGUCAUGGGAGAUUGUGAGAUGAAUGGUAAAUUGGAGAGUUUGUAUGAAUUGAGUUUGGGCAAGGAAGCUAAAUGUAGCGCAAUUGCUAAUCUCAAUGCCUUUGUUGAUCUUCUGAUCGAAAAGACCCAAGAUUUAUAAUUUGGUAAUCAGUAAUCAAAUUCGAUUUAUGUUGUUGUGUAAAUCGAAACUUUUCGUAAUAGAAGAACAAUCCAGCG